AUGUUUGCUAGAAGAUGUUUGUCCACUACGAGGGCGCUGUCUAAGAUAAAAGUGAAGAAUCCAAUUGUUGAACUAGACGGUGAUGAGAUGACUCGAAUCAUUUGGGAUAAGAUCAAAAAGCAAUUGGUGUUGCCAUAUGUGGACGUGGAUUUGAAAUAUUAUGAUUUAUCUGUGACGUCACGUGACAAAACUGAUGAUAAGAUUACCGUUGACGCUGCUAAUGCCAUUAAGGAAUAUGGCGUUGGUAUUAAGUGUGCCACGAUUACUCCUGACGAGGCCCGUGUCAAGGAGUUUGGCUUGAAAAAAAUGUGGAAGUCUCCAAAUGGUACCAUUAGGAAUAUUCUUGGCGGUACCGUUUUUCGCGAGCCGAUAGUCAUACCAAGGGUUCCUCGUCUUGUUCCGGGCUGGAAGAAAGCAAUCAUCAUUGGCAGACAUGCGCAUGCUGAUCAAUAUAAGGCAACCGAUGCUAUUAUUCCUGGUGCAGGCAAAUUGGAGCUAGUUUACACACCGGAAAAUGGAUCAAAACCAACGACGCUGGAGGUUUAUGAUUAUAAAGGAGCUGGUGUCGCAUUGGCAAUGUAUAAUACUGAUGAAUCCAUUCGUGGAUUUGCUCACUCCUCGUUCAAGUUGGCAUUGAAUAAAAAAUUGAAUUUGUUCUUGUCUACAAAGAACACAAUUUUGAAAAAAUACGAUGGUAGAUUCAAAGACAUUUUUCAGGAAAUCUUCGAGCAGGAUUAUGAGAAAAAUUUCGAGCAAACUGGUAUUACCUACGAGCAUCGUUUAAUUGACGACAUGGUCGCUCAAAUGAUCAAGUCAAAGGGGGGCUUCAUUAUGGCUCUGAAGAACUACGAUGGUGAUGUGCAAUCCGACAUUGUUGCUCAGGGAUUUGGCUCGUUGGGAUUAAUGACUUCUGUUUUAGUAACUCCAGAUGGAAAGACUUUCGAAAGUGAAGCCGCUCAUGGUACGGUCACAAGACAUUUUAGACAAUACCAACAAGGUAAAGAAACAUCGACGAAUUCGAUUGCAUCAAUCUUUGCUUGGACCAGAGGCUUGGCAAAGAGAGGUGAACUGGAUAACACACCAGAAGUUACUGAGUUUGCCUCUAUUUUGGAAUCCGCUACGCUUAACACAGUUCAAAUUGACGGUAUCAUGACAAAGGAUCUAGCCCUGGCCGGAGGUAACUCUGAUAGAUCGGCAUACGUGACUACCAACGAGUUCUUAGAGGCUGUUGCCAAAAGAUUAAAGUCCGAGUACGCCGAAAAGAAUAAAUGA